AUGUUGCGGACAGUUGUCAGACUUACACCAUCGUUCACAAUUCCAAUAUUUCGUGACAGUGAAAACAAAAAUGAUAUUGUUCUCAAUAAAAAUGUUCUCACUAAACCUGAAACUGGAUGGGACAGAGUCAAGCAAAUGUAUACUAAGAAUGAACACGAAGAAGUGUCAUUAGAGUUAUCUAAUGUUUCUCAGUCCACGAUGAGUGGUGCAUUUAUUGGAGCAUGUUUGGGUGGAUUUGUUAGCUCUCGAGUGGCUUAUCUUGAUUUUAUAGAAAAUAAUCAAGCUACAACAUUUAAAUCAACUGCUCAGGCCAAGAAACGAUUACAGGAUUAUGUAACAAUAGCAUUUGCAAGAGGAGCAUAUAAAUGGGGUUGGAGGUUAAGCUUUUUUACAGGAAUUUUUAGUUUAACAGCAACAACAAUAUCAGUAUAUCGUGGAAAUACAUCUUUAGUAGAUUAUAUCACUGCAGGUGCAUUAACAGGUGCUUUGUACAAAAUAAAUUUGGGACUUGCAGCAACAUUUGUUGGUGCUGGAGUAGGCGCAGUAUUGAGCACUAUUGGUGGAUUAGCAAUAUUAGGACUGUUGAAAAUCACUGGUCUGUCCAUGGAUGAAAUAAGAAAAGCUCUAAACCAAGUAAAAGAAGCCAGGGAAGACCAAUACAAUCAGGCAUUAGAAAAAUCGGCUACAAUUAAGAAUGAUGAGAUGACAGCCAGCCACAACUGGAUCGUCAAAGAACACGGUGAAAAAAAAUUAGAAGACAUCUCUUGA